AGCACAGAACAGCAGGCAGGUCGACAGGUAUAUGUCAGACAUCCAUAUGGCAAUCCAUCCAUCCAUCCAUCCACGCUAUCACAUCACAUCCACUUGCGAUCGAUCCAUCGGCCACGCAUGCCAUGCAUGCGAUCGAUCGAUCAUAUCCUUCAUCACCCACCAUCACUCACUCCUCGUCGCACUCGUCCACCCGCAUCAGGAUCGACAACUGCCUGCUCAACUCAAUGGCCCGCUCGAGUGCUCGGGGGGACACCUUUGCUCGGCCUUGCUCGCCAGACGCACACGAGAUGAAGAGGUCGUGUGCACUGGGCCACUCGGCGCGCCUCAGAUCCUCCUGCAGAUGGGCCGUGGAGAUCAUCAGGUGGUCGCGGGGCUCGUGUGGGGGGCACCAGUGAGAGGUAAAGCGCUGCAGACAGACAGAAAGAGGGAUGUGUGUGGAGGGAACUUCGUGGUUUGGUUUGUGUGUGUGCUUCGGUGGCGUGCGUACGUGUACGAGUGGCAUGAGUGGGUAGAGAGGUGAUGCCGCGCCCCUCUUCUUGAUGGUGGCGAGGAAAUGGUCCACCGACACCGACUUCAGCGGCACACCCAAGUCGCCGAGCCAAUGCUCGCGCUCAGAACUGAUCGUCCACAAACAAACAGGUAGGUACACACAAACAACGAAUGCACUCCGCCCUCCCUCCGUGUUGUCUCUCUCUAGUGUGUGCUGUGCUGUGUCCGUACUUGGUGAUGAGCUCUGGGUUGGCGAGAUGGUAGACCCAAUGGCGACGCUUCUCGGUCAAACACAGCCGGACCUGCACAGACACGACAUGGACACAAGAACAACGAAUGCAUCGCGUCCACUCACUCCCUCACUCGUCUAGGCACACUCUCUCCUCUCACCAUACCAUCAUGGCAGCGACGACAUCCACGGGGGUCGCCAGAGGCGCUUUCACGACGGGCGGCAUCUCCCCCUCCUCGAGCAUUGCCAUCAUCAGCGCCCCGCCCACGUGCCUCUCGUCCACGUAGCCCGUCAUCAGGCUCGUCAUGCCGCUCGGCACUCGGUAGAUGGUGCACGGCAGGCCCCUCGCCCGCGCCUUCUUGAGCACCUGCUCCGUCGACCAGUUGGUCCACGGGAGGCCGAAUUGCUCGGGUGGGCAGACCUCGCGCAGGCGCUUGGUGUCGAGGGUGGUGGCCUCGCGGAGCUCCUUGCCCUGGCCAAGGACGUACUCGGGGAAGAGGGUGAGGGACGACACAAAGUGGAGGGGCUUGAGCUUGCUGGUGGUGCACAGCCGCACGAUCUCCUUCAUCGCGAAGGUGUUCUCGCGCAGGCGGUCGUAGCUCUGCAUGAACGACUGGCCGUUGGCGAAGCCCGUGUGGAAGACCAGGUCGAUCCGCUCGCACAGCUCGGCAAAGAAGUGCUCGGCCAGGUGGUUGGGCUUGAGGCCGAGAUGCCGCCGCGUCACGUGGCCGGGCACGAUCAUCAGCCGGCUCUGGUACUCGUCCUUCCAGAUGCCCGCUUCCUGGCACGCCUCACGCACCUGCCGCAGACCCUCCUCGUCGCUGUUGGUCUGCACCAGGCAAUGCACCGUCAGCCGCUCCUUGGCCUGCAGCAGCGCCACGGUGAGGAACCGGCCCACUGCUGACGUCGCGUCCGUCACGAGCACGUGUCUGCUCUUGCGGGGUUGUGGGUGGGGGGCAGGGAGGGAGGCGACGUCGAACUUGAAGCUCUUGGCCACCUUGUUGACGUCCGUCUCGGGGUCCCUCUUCCUAGUGGUGCCGUCGUCCGUCGCGUUCGAGCCGCUGCUCUCGGUGUUGUUGGUGGCGCCGUCCCUGUGCCCCGAGAAGGGGGCGAUGGGCUCCAUGACGCCCUCCUGCUCACGUUUGGCCACCAGCUGCCCAGCCAAAGCGUCCAGCGAGGGGUUGUCGAACAUAGACGAGGGCGGCAUGUCGAUGCCCGUCAUCCGCCGCACGUGCUCGCUGAACUCGGUCAUGCCGAUCGAGUCGAGGCCCAGAUCGAGCAGUCUGCCGGAGGGCGACGGCCGCUCCUCCCCACCCACCACCGAGUGGGCGACGGACGCCAGGGAGUCGGCCAGGGCGGUCUUGCCCGUGUCGUUGGUGGAUGAGGGUCGGAACGGGUCGGUGGGCGAUGUGGGCUGCACGGAUGAGGCACGAGUGUCGGUGGAGGAGCGGAAGCUGGAGGGGGUGAGGGUGGAGGGGGUGAGGGUGGAGAGGGACCGUGUCGAGGCGUCGGUGAGGACCGACGGGCAGGGCGCGUUGCGGGGCGUGGACUUGGCGGUCUUGACGACGGUGUCUGCUGGUGCUGCUGCCGUGCAGAGGUCUUCGCACCACAUGACGCCGCCCUUGCCGUUGGCCCGACUUCUUUGGAGCAUCUGCUUGGCCUUGCUCCGCUGCAACUUGCCCGAGGUGGUCUUGGGCAGGACGCGCGGCUUGAGCAGCCAGAUCUGCUGCACGGGCAGACCCACCUUCAUGCUCGCCGCACGGGCCACCUCCUCUGCGAUCGUCCGCAGCACCGCGUCCUUGUCGCCAUGGCGAUCCGUCGUGCACGCCAGCAUCGACACAAACCGACCAAACCCGCCAAAGUGCCGCCUGCUCGCCCUCUUGCUGCUCCCCUUGGCCCCACCCGCCAUGGCCAGCGCCCUGACCCCCUCCGGCCGCAGCUCACAUGCGAUGCCCAUGCCCUCUCCCUGCUCGCUCUCCACGGGGAAGGCCGCGCAGCAGCCGGGUCGCACGACGUCACACUUGGCCUCGAUGGCCUCCUCGAUGUCCUGAGGGAUGUACUUGCGCCCCCUGACGAUGAUCAUGUCCUUGGCGCGGCCGGCGAUGAAGAGCUCGCCCUUGUAGAGGAAGCCGGUGUCGCCGGUCCGCAGGAAGGGCCCUUGCUGCUCGGGUGCGUUGGUGGUGCCCGAGAGGGUGGCCCGGAACGUCUGAUGGGUCUGCUCCGCCAUGCCGAAGUAGCCCUUGGCCGUAGAGGGAGACGACAGCCACACCUCACCCACCUGGCCCUCGGGAAGCAGGUGGUGGGUGGACGAAUCCACUAUCGCAACUGAUGGAUGGAUGGAUGAAGGAAAAAAGAGAGAGAGCACAUGAGGGCAACUCAGUGGGCUUGUCUGUGUGUGUGUGUGGGCAUACCAGUAGUGUCGGUGGCAGGGAGUCUGCAGCCGAUGAUGAUCUUUCGCUCGGACGUGUCUGUCCAGCUGGGGCGGAAUCCAUACCACUCCUCCUCAAUCCGAACGUUGCCCUGAUGGACAGACACAUGCACAUACAUACACGGUAAAUGAAUGCAAAUCAGACGCGAUGCGCACACGUGUCCGUCCGUCGAUGCGAUGCGUGCAUGCAUCCUACGUUGGUUUCUAUCUCUAGAGCGUUGAUCGAGAGCACCAGCGGCUCUGCGUCGAGGGAUGGCCGGAAGCCGGUGACACACAGGGUGUUCUCGGCCAACCCAAAUGCAGGCAAGAAGGCGCUGUGGCGCACGCCAACCUCCCGAAACGUCUGCACACACACAUAUAUGCACAUAGAUAGACAUGACUGACACAUGAGAUAGUGGCCUGGCCAUCCAUCGGUGGCUCACUCACAUCCAUGAAGUUCUUGAUGGACGAGUAUCUGAUGGGCUCUGCUCCGCACAGCCAGGACGCCUUGCUGAGGUCGAGGGACUUCCUAAUGUCCUCGGGCGUCUUGCGGCUGACCAGGUCGUAGGCGAAGUUGGGUGCGGCUGUGACCUCGCACUCCCACUUGGUUAGGCCCUGCAGCCACGACCAGGGCCGCCGCACGAAAUCCAGCGGGGACAUCAUGAUCAUCUCGCUGCCGAAGAACAACGUGCCACCAACAAGACCAAUCAGACCUGAUGAUAAGAAAGGUAAGAAAGGGGAGAGGGAGAGAGAGGGAGAGAGAGAGAGAUGAAUUGUCGGUUGUGUGUGCUUCAUUCAGUUCGUCCAUCGUCUCACUCACUCACUGCAUCCAUGCAUGCCUACCCAGGUCAUGAUAGACCGGCAGCCAGCUAAACGUGCGUACGUUGUGCCCCAGCACACUCCGUGACUGACUGUGCCUGUUGUACCAAAAUGUCACGAACUCGCGCAACGGGCGAUCAAACAGCGGGACGAAGGCCUCCUCGCUGCCGUUGCCCUCCCCUCCGCUGUCCUUCCUGAGGUCGUGCUUGGUGCGGUGAUCGUCUCGCGGGUCCAUCCCGAAGGUGGCCGUGCACAGGUGCACGUUGCUAAAAAAGUCACAACACAAGGACAUAGACAGUGCAUUCACAGUGAAUGCAUCCAUCCGUCACGGCACGCAUCCAUCGUGUGCACAGCCUGUUCUCUUACUGGAGGAGGUUUCCGUGUGUGACCGAGACGCCCUUGGGGUGGUUGGUGGACCCCGACGUGAACUGCAGGAAGGCCACCUGGCUGUGGGGGAUGUCGGAGGGGAGAGGGGGGAGGGACGGGCCGUGGCUGUUCUUGGAGGCCCUGUCGAUGAGCUCCUGCGAGCUGGACCACCGCAGCUUGCGCCAUUCCUUGCGCACCUCGUCGGUCAGCUCGUUCUCCUUGGCGGCCGGCGGCUGCGUGUGCGAGUGGCCGUUGGAUGCGAGGGGUGCCUGGAGAUGGCUGGCGAUGGACGAGGAGGGGCGCUGGCUGUGGAGGCUCAGCUUGCAGUUGAGGCCGUGAAGAAUGCGCUGGUAGAAGUUGUUGGUCAGGCACGCCUGCGCCUUGACCGUCGAAGCGAUCCGCGUGAAACGGGGAAGGUCCGUGCUCAACUGAAAGAAAGAACAAUGACACACAGACAGACAGACAGACAGACAGACAUGAACACACAAACGUGCGGCCACCACCCACCCGAGUGGUCGUAUGUAUGUGUCCCUCCCGUGGUGGUUGCCUAGACUGACUGACCUUGGAAGGGUCAGGAGGGUAGACAGGCACGGCGACCACCCCACUGUACAGGCACGCGAAGAAGGCCACGACGAAGUCGAUGCCCGGGGGGUAGCACAGCAGCACCGACGCAGGCUUGCCAUCCUCACCCCGAUCCAGCAUCUGCAGCAGCUGCCGCCCCAGCGCCUCGGCCCGCCGAUGCAGCUCCUGAUAGCUGAGGGCCGACUCCACCGAUCCGUCCACCUUGAUGAAGCGGACGGCAUUGACGGACGGCUGCACACGGGCCCAGUAGGAGAUGAUCCGCCGCAUUGCGGGACCCUCCUGGGGCACUUCCGUCGGCGCGCCGUCACCACAUGGCCACCAGCACUCGUUGACGUAGAAGUCGUAGAGGUUGGCCAUGUGCAGCAAAUGGAUCCGGACAAUCAGACAACGCAAUUGACAACGCACUGGCUGACUGACAGCGGGACACCAAAAUCAAAUCAGCACAUAUAUAUUAUAAACCGUAACAGACACUAACCAACCCGGUGUCAGUACGGUAGCGACACGUGGAUCCAAC